GGCGGCUGCAAGGACGCCGGGUCGGAGGACUACGAGAACCUGCCGACCAGCGCGUCUGUGUCCACCCACAUGACAGCCGGAGCGAUGGCCGGGAUCCUGGAGCAUUCGAUCAUGUACCCAGUGGACUCAGUGAAGACAAGAAUGCAGAGUUUGAAUCCAGAUCCCAAAGCCCAGUACACAAGUAUCUAUGGAGCUCUCAAGAAAAUCAUACAGACUGAAGGCGUCUGGAGGCCCUUGCGUGGCCUUAACGUGAUGGUGAUGGGUGCAGGGCCAGCCCACGCCAUGUAUUUUGCCUGCUAUGAAAACAUGAAAAGGACUUUAAAUGACGUUUUCAACCACCAAGGAAACAGCCACCUAGCCAACGGGAUAGCUGGGAGUAUGGCCACCCUGCUCCACGAUGCGGUAAUGAAUCCAGCAGAAGUUGUGAAGCAGCGCUUGCAGAUGUACAACUCGCAGCACCGGUCAGCCCUCAGCUGCAUCCGGACAGUGUGGAGGACCGAGGGGUUGGGGGCCUUCUACCGGAGUUACACCACGCAGCUGACCAUGAACAUUCCCUUCCAGUCCGUCCACUUCAUCACCUACGAGUUCCUGCAGGAGCAGGUCAACCCUCACCGGGGCUACAACCCGCAGUCCCACAUCAUCUGUGGCGGGGGGGCCGGGGCCCUCGCUGCGGCCGCCACCACCCCCUUGGACGUCUGUAAGACCCUUCUCAACACGCAAGAGAACAUGGCACUCUCGCUGGCCAACAUCAGCGGCCGGCUGUCGGGCAUGGCCAAUGCUUUCCGGACGGUGUACCAGCUCAACGGCCUGUCCGGCUACUUCAAGGGCAUCCAGGCACGAGUCAUCUACCAGAUCCCCUCCACGGCCAUUUCCUGGUCCGUCUAUGAGUUCUUCAAGUACUUCCUCACAAAGCGCCAGCUGGAGAGUCGAACCCCAUACUAAAGGAACAGGCUGUGGGAGCGCUUCCAGGAGCCUUUAUUCUCCCAGGCUUUCCCUGCGUGCCUCUGUCCCCUUGCCCACGUGCCCGGGUUAUCGUCUGCAGGGUGCUCUCAGUGGGCCGUCCGCUCCCUGAUGCUUUCGGAAGAGGGGAGGACAGGAUAGCCUCUCCCCAGAAGGCCGUCCGCGGGGACAUCGAGGUGGUGGUAGAUGGGAAGGACCCUGGGAGGGGAAUGAGAAAUUGCUUUUUCUCUUCCUUCCCUGAGAGGAAUGUAGCUUCUCUGCUUCACUGUGGUGGCCUCCUCCCUAGAUCCUUAGAUCCCACAGGAGGGAAGCAAGCAGUGACGGAGGACAUUAAAGCAAACAAUUUUAUGUAUAUAACAGUUCCAUUUCACAGUAUAAAAUAGAUGGAUAAUGUUUAUCCUUUAUUUUUCUACGUAGGAGUUUUUGAACCCGAGUGUGUAAUUGUGCGUGUCGACACAUAGUAUUACAGCGGGGACUGUUGAGCUGUUUUUUAAAAAUAAGAGGGCUGACUCCUUCCAUCAGGUUUAAAGCUAAAAACUGUCAGGUUUAAGUGAAAAACACACCAAAGUAG